AUGGUGCAAUGGAUGACGGUAGCUCAGAAGUUCGAGCUCAUUCAGAAGCAUCGCCAGAACCCUUCAAUAUCCACGAGGAAGCUGGCGUCAUGGGCACACGAGGCCUUUAACCUGCCAACGGGCCCCACGGCUGCUACGGUCUCGCGCGUACUGAAAACAGCCGAGGAGAUCGAGGACAAGCAGCGUCACGGUAUCACUCGCAAGGGCCAUGGCGUGUCUUGCCCCGAGUUAGAUCUGGCGCUCAAGCUCUACGUUGACAGUUGUGUGCAGAACCACAUACAUCUCACCCGUCGCCUUCUAGUGGACAAAGCGCGUGAAAUCCUGUCCACCAUCCCCGACGCGCCAUCUCUAAACCUCUCGGACGGAUGGCUCACCAGCUUCAUGCGGCGUCACGGCAUGGGACUGCGGCCGCGCUCUCUGCAGACCGACGGUGAGGGUGGCGAUGCUGAGAUCCAAUUUGAUCCAAUGGUACGUGCGCGUCCGACGCAACUGGGACUCGUGUCGACGCCCACUUCGACGGCUCAAGUGCUAGCACCAGUGUAUACUGGACCCAAGAGAACAGUGCUUGUCACAGGGGCAGACAACAGCACAGGGAUGGCUUUCGUACAGCACUACAUGAGCGAAGGGUGGGACGUCAUUGCGGCAUGUCCUGAAGGCGAAAUGUGCGUCAAAGUCAUGCAGCUGUCGCCCUGGAAGGUCGUAGCCAUGGAUCCAGGUUAUAAGGAGUCUGUGGCUGCUGCUGCUGACGCUCUUAAGGACAUUCCGAUCGAUCUGCUGAUCAACAAUGCCAGACUCUUUAUCAAAGGAUACAUGCACUCUACAACACCCGAGGACUGUAUCCGCCUGUACGAAGUAAACGCUAUGGGGCCUUUUAUUGUGUCGCGUGCGCUACUCCAGAACCUACGUCUUGGAGUCCGUGAUCGUGGCAUGGCGUUCGUAGCGAAUGUAUCGUCACGUGCAGGUAGCAUCUCGGAGAAUCUAGCUGGAGGUUCGUACGGAUUCCGGGCGUCUAUGAGUGCACUGCACAUGUUCACGAGGUCGCUAGUGGCGGAUUUCCUGCCUCACAAGAUCGGAUGUGUCUUGUUACACUCAGGAAUCGACGACAAACCCGACGGAGUGUCCUCGUCAGCUGACGUUCGACCCGAGGAGAGUGUAGCUGGCAUGGCUCAAGUGAUCGUGCGUACGAGACUGGGCGAGCCACUUCAUCUCCGCCACUUUGGCAACGGAGAUGCGAUCAGUUGGUAA